AUGGGUAGAGAGCUUAGCGGUUGUGCGUAUCGAAAAUUGGAAAAGAAAAAUAAAGUUGUGAAGAACAAUAUGAAACUUGAUGACAUGUUCCAAAUGAAAUGUGCAACUAUUCAAGAAGUACAAGAUUUUAAUGAAACUUUAGAACCAAUUGAUGGGGACGUUACUGACAAAUCAUCUGUGCAAUUAUCCAUCGAAGAAAUUCAAAAAGAAAAUACUAAUGCAUGGCUAGAAUCUCAGGUCAAUAAGGAAGUGAGCAUUUUACAACCACUCAGUUCUUCAGAUAAGCCAGAUGCUGAUCCUGCUUUAUGGAUAUUAAACGAGGUUACUAGAUAUUUCAUAUGUAAAAAUGGAUUUCAUCAGAACUUGGAUGGUCAUUUUUCACAUUCCAAAAGACAAUACCAGUAUAUACGUCGAGGAACAUUCAGACCUCACUAUAGGUACCUAAGUAAAGAUAUGCUUAAAACCACAUUAAUUAAUGGUAAACCAUGUCAAAGAGACUAUCUUUCUUAUUCAACUGGAAACAUCCUAAUAAAAUUAAUCAACACGAAAAUUCAACAAAGCAUAAAACCUGUACAUUUACGAUGA